AACUUAAAAGUUAAUUUUAAACUAUUAACCUUCUGAAUGUUUUUAGAUUUCAUAUUUAGUCAAAUUACAAUAGUACCAAAAUAUGAUAAAAGCUUAAUUGAUUUCAAAUUUAUAUCUUGGAGAUAAAAAAAAUACUACCUCUGUAGCUGAGAAAUAAUGCGGUUGCUCUCUCUAGCGCGAAAGCUCUAUAGUGCUCGUCCCGUAACUAUUAAGCAUAUAAUCAGCUAUCAGCAUUCUUCAUUGUUUGCCGCACAGGCAAAAUUAACGCGCCAUUUCUUUGUGGCAUUUCGUCAACCAUCUGUUAGGCAUUGUUCUACUGUACCACCCAAGCACACUUUAUUUAGCUCCGGCAAUUCCACUUGCUACGAAAUCAUCAAUUUCGAUAAGUGUGUGGAUACAUUACGUGAAAGAACUGAUUUUGACGUUGGCGAAUUUGUUGGGAUUGUACAAAAGGCCAGUGAUUUUGGUUCUAGAGAUGAAGCCAUGUUGUUUCUUGAUGAAUGUGGGGUUAAGCCGAAUCACGACUUGGUAUUUUUGGUGAUUUGGGAGUUGAGAGACCAGUGGAAGUUAGCUUAUUUGCUAUUCAGAUGGUGUGAGAAAUGCAAAUGCCUUGACGAAAACACGUGGUGUUUGAUGAUAUGGAUUCUGGGCAAUCGUGCUAAAUUUAGUUCUGCUUGGUCUUUGAUCCGUGAUCGUAUACAGAUGUCAACAAAUGUUCAAGAAGCUGUUCUCAUCAUGAUUGAUAGAUAUGCUGCUGCCAAUAAUUCGGGUAAAGCUAUACAGACAUUCCAGAUUUUGGAGAAGUGCAGUAUGUCUCCUGAUCAGAGAACAUUACUGACAUUCUUGAAUAUUCUAUGCAAGCAUGGUUUUAUUGAAGAAGCUGAAGAAUUCAUGCUUGUCAAUAAGAAGCUAUUCCCCUUGGAAGUUGAUGGCUUUAAUAUUAUUCUCAAUGGAUGGUGCAAUAUAGUGGUUGAUAUAUUUGAAGCCAAAAGAAUAUGGCGAGAAAUGUCCAAGUGUUGUAUUGAACCAAAUGGUACUUCAUAUGCCCACAUGAUUUCCUGCUUCUCCAAGGUUAGAAAUUUGUUCGAUUCACUAAGACUUUAUGAUGAAAUGCAGAAACGGGGUUGGGUUCCAGGCCUGGAGGUGUAUAAUGCUUUGAUAUAUGUACUGACUUGUGAGAAUUGUGUGAAGGAAGCUCUUAAGAUUAUUGACAAAAUGAAACAUAUGGGCCUGCGUCCUGAUUCUAGUACAUACAACUUAAUGGUAUGUCCUCUAUGUGAAUCAUCUAUGUUGGGUGAGGCAAGAAGUAUAUUAGCUCUGAUGGAGGAAGACAAUAUCAGUCCAACUAUUGAAACGUACCAUGCAUUUCUUGCAAGUGUUAGUCUAGAAGCAACUGUUGAAGUUCUUAACACUAUGAGAAAAGCUGGAGUUGGUCCAAACAGGGGGACCCUUCUGUUAGUUCUUGAUAGAUUUAUGAAGUUGAAGCAGCCUGAAAAUGCAUUGAAGAUGUGGGUAGAGAUGAAGCAGUAUGAGGUAGUGCCCGAGUCUGCGCAUUAUUCUCUCUUGGUGGGUGGACUUCUAGAGCACAGGUUAUUUUCCAAGGCAAGAGAGUUAUAUGCAGAGAUGAAAUCCAAUGGAAUUGAUGACCCAAGUCUCCAAAAGUUCUUUCAGCCAACUGGUUCAAGAGGACAAGGAGAUGUGUCAAAUCCUGAACAUACUAGAAAAGGGAAACUGGUGAAACAUGGGAGACACAAGGUGGUCAGAAGUGAAAAAUAUAGAAGGUAAUAAAAUGAUGGUUAAAGGAUUGUAGCUCAUCCGAGCCUGAUACGUAAAUUUGUCAUGCUGGACCAGGUUGGUUACGAACUUGGUUGCUUCUAAAAAGAAUUGGUUACUAUUCUCUAGAUGGUUCAUAUAGAUACCCUGAGUGGCCUAGUAGAGAUGUCUUUUGGAGGACAUGCAGAACUAAUUACAUGUGGUCUGCCAAAACAAAAGUGUUCCAAGACCAUCUUUAAAUUGCCAAAAUCUAUUACAUUGUCAACCUUGGCAUUGCGUUGCCCUUCAUGGUUCAUCGCUCCUCAUAUCAGUGACAUUUUUGUGCUCAUUCUUUACUUGAUCUCGCUUCAGUAACCAAUGCCAGCACUGGGACCACGUCUUUGGUUCGUGGGUCUUUAUAUAUUCCAAGAAAGGAGAUCAAAUUGGUUAGAUAAAACACAUGGGUUGGGAUAACUGAGCUUGUUGAAAGUUGGUAUAGUAUUUAUCUGUCCCUGCAACUUGAUUGAAAUUGAUAUUGUCCUACCAUACUCAUUGAAUGUGAUAAUAUCAAUUUCAAUACUCAUUGAAUG